AUGGCAUCCAUCUUUACUUACGAUCCUGAUCCACCACGGGUAUCGUCUCCGUGGUCGGCCUCAGGGACAUCUACGCCCCAAGUACUGGCAGCAGGGGGUCGUGGCCUAAGCAUUCGAACACGGUCUGGCUCAGCCCUCGUCGACCUUGCCGAUGCAGAUGUACUCUCAGACUAUGGCAUUUCCAAACUGGAGCCAGAGCCCCAAGAGGGCCCCACCGAGUAUAAGUUGCAUCUGCUGCUCCGCCCGCGUCGGCCCUACAUCUCCAUGUCAACAGGCGGCGUGGUAGCGGGCUCAUACCGCGCACGUGCUCCGCUGGUACCAUCCUCGCCGUCGCCAUCCAUCGUCCCGAUGGCGGAUGCUACGCCCAAGCCUAUGCAGGCGAAGUCGGCCCAGAGCCGCCAGCAACGGCUGCAGGGGCUGACAACGCAACUUCUAUGGCGGCUGCAACAAUCGUCGCCUUUUCACUCGUCUGCGGCGGGUAACUUGGUUGUUCCUGUGUUCCCUGAUGCAGCGCCUCAAAUCGGUGUUCCCCCAAAACCGGCUCGUCUGUUGCCUGGGCUGGAAGAAAGCCAGGGGGCCUUGUAUGAGAUUGGGGUGGCAGAUGAUGGCUCCUUCGUAGGUCUUGUGCAAGAUGAGUUGGACGAGAGUGUGAUGAAUCUACAGGCCAUGGCUGCGAGUCUUGGAUGUAAGGUUGAGAUUCUGCGUCGAGUCAUUGUUGGCGAGUGUGAAUGGGCGGAUGGUACGCUAUCGGAGACGGAGCCAGCUUCCGCACAGCCAGAUUCAUUGGUGACACAUAAAGGAACCCUAUGGGUUGCGGAAGCUUUAGUCACUCCAGACCUGGACUAUUACAACCUCUCGCCCUCCCGUACCCGAGGGGAUGACAAGGGUAAGGAUGCUGCAGAUUCAGGAGCAAACAAGAUAUUCGAAGAGGACUAUUCGCAUACCGAGCAGAUUCGAAUAUCCAUCGCAGGACCAAGCACGGCAGGUAAAUCGUCUCUGCUUGGGACUUUGACCUCUUCCCAACUUGACAACGGAAGAGGGAAAAGCCGACUCAGUCUGCUUAAGCAUCGCCACGAGAUCUCUUCUGGAAUAACUAGCUCAGUUGCGCAGGAGCUCAUCGGUUAUGCGGAAGAUAACCCGCCAUCUGUUGUCAAUUAUGCAUCUGGGAACGUAGCAGCGUGGAAUGAUAUCCACGCAGCAUCGCAGGGCGGACGAUUAGCAUUUGUAUCUGAUCUCCCUGGCUCGGUGAGAUAUCUCAAAUCCACUAUACGGGGACUGGUUAGCUGGGCGCCGCAUUAUGUUUUGCUGUGUGUGCCUGCUAAUUGCGGCGAUGAGACAGCAGAGGGAGAGGGUGCCCCCGAGCAUAAUGAGAUCGACCUUUGCUUGGCAUACCUGGAACUUUGUCUCAAGCUAGAGAUUCCAGUCUUGAUCGCCGUCACCAAGCUUGACGUUGCUUCACGGGGAGGACUGAGAGAUAAUUUGGCGCGAGUAUUAUCUGCUUUGAAAGCCACAAAGCGCAAACCGCUUAUGCUUCCUGCUUCACCAGCCGGGGACAAGACCCUCGACCUCCAGCGGAUCAGUGCUGCAGACAGCAAAGAAGUGCAAAAAAUGAUCGCGACGGCCGACGGUCAUUGGAACAGCAUAGUGCCAAUUAUAAUCUCCAGUGCCGUCGAUGGCUCAGGGAUUGGGAGGCUUCACGCAUGUCUCCGAUAUCUCCCAAUUCCACGUGGCCCACGUCAACGGGCCCCCCAGCUCCCCAAGUCAUUUCUUUGCCAUCCCCCUUCGAAAGUCUAUUCAAAGACAGUAGACAAGAACGGCCAAGAGAGCCGGGGCAUGGUUCUCUGCGGUCUCGUCCGACACGGCAGUAUCUCCGUUGGCGAUGAGAUGACUAUUGGCCCAAUCCUAGUCGACACAUCCGCAGACAACACACACGAUCAUGCCCCUCUAAGCCUGCUAUCCCGCAGCAGCGGCCCCGGCCCAUCAGCCGAGUUCCCAGCGUCCUUCAUCCAAGGCCUGCUCGGCGGCAAAGAGGCCUCCUGCAUCCAAGCAAAAUGGCAACGCGUCCGAGUGGUCAGCGUCCGAGACCUCCGAUUACCCGUCCGCCGCCUAAUAGAGGACCAAGUCGGCACUAUUGGCGUGGAGCUGCUCGCCUCCCCUGAAGACGGCAAACUGCCGCGGCUCAGCCGCAUCCGCAAAGGCAUGGUCCUCACAAAUCUGCAUGCCUCCCUGCCUCCACCCGACCAGAUCCCGCCAACAGUGCCUCUGCCCUUCCACACGGGCUUCUCGGCGACGUUUUCCGCGUCUGAAUUUGCCUCGCCGCGCUCGCCGCCCCUGCUUCUGGGCGGCAACGCUAUUGCGUAUAUUGCGAAUAUCCGGACUACGGUUCGCGUUGUCUCGAUGGCUCUCACGGGGGCUGGAGACGAGCCUCCUUCACCGCCGUCGCCAACGGAGCCUGAGUUCUUCAGUUUUGAUGGCGAGUCCGAGUCUCCUGGGAGGGGAGCUGGGGCUCCGACACAAAGUCCUCGGCUCCGGCCUGCGGCCACGGAUAUCAGCCGGGUUGUUUCGGGGACGUCCCAUUCUGCUGGGGACUUCCAGGAGGAUGUCACGAUUAACUUUGCGCUUGUGACAUCGGUCGAGUGGAUUGAAGUGGGAUCGCAGGUCUUGGUUAUGCCCGGGGCUUCGAUGGCUGCACCUUCUGCGGUAGCAGGGGCCUCUGGGUCUGGGGCCGUGCCAGGUGUGGCACUUUCUGGGCUAGAGGGGUUUGUUGGGACGGUCUCUGAGGUUGCGAGACGGAAUGCGGGUGGUGAAGCAUAA